CUUUUUAGCAAAUCAUUGUACAGUGAAUCUUUUAAAUACGAUCGUCAAUCUACCUCUGUUAAUUUUGGACAACGUUAUAAUGAGCAAAGAAUUUGGCGGCAAAACCACGUCAUGGGUUACUGUCUUGCUGUAUGUAACAUUUAUCAUCUUAAACGUUUAUUCGAUGGUGAUAAUGAUGUUAGAACGUUAUGUGGCGAUAGCUUUUGGUAUGACUUACAAAGCAUGGACUUCCAAAGCUAAGGCUUCCAUUGGGAUAGCAGUUGUUUGGGGCUCAGCUGUCAUUGUAUCUUUGACGACACUUAUUUCAGUCUUGGAUAUCGAUCUCGGCGAUAAACCAGUCCAUGUCUAUCGUGGAGAAUAUUUCAAGAAGGCUGUGCGAUAUUCCUUUCUUGUUAAUGUGCUUCUAUCGAUAUUUGGCAUUAUAAUCUUAUCGCUAUUGACUUUUAAAAGUAUAAAAUUACAGACUUCACAGGUCGUUUUCCCGAAAACUACCUCAUGGUCUACGAGAUCAAGCGGAGAAAAUGAAAGGUUUAACCGAGUUAUAACAGGCCAAUGUUUACGGAGAUUUCGAUCAUUGAACAUCAGGAACCAGAAGCAGCUGAAUUUUUUACAGAUGCAAAUAACAAAAGUGCAAACAAAAGAAAUACAUCAUCCUCGAAAGCAGGAUAUGGAGCCUUAUUACCGGAAAACUGAGACAUUGUUGGAUAAUUGAGCCUCGAAAGAGGAAUAUUGAGCCCCAAUGUGGGAUAAUUGAGUAUAUUAUAUCAAUAUUAUAUCCUGUAAAUUCUAUCGCAAAAUGACUGAAGCUCGAAAUAGGAAAUG